AUGCGCGUCGCCGUUGUCAUUUCGUGCGUCGUUCUGUCGGUCGCUUGUGCCGGUAAGUCGUUUUUGUAGCAUACUGUAAUUCACUGCCAAUUUGUUCAAACACUCACCUCGCUUUACUAAUAUAAAAAAUUUGUUUCAAAACACCUCAAAGCUACUUCAAACAGCCAUCCUACGUAUUUUUCUACCCAACAGGUACCCAAUAGUAUCACCUUUAAGUAGUACUUUUCAAACAAUGCAUGCAAUAUUAUUUACAGGCUACGACAGUCCCGCUCCAGCUGCCAGCAGCUAUGGCGAAGCUGCUCCACCACCAACCCCAUCCAAUGGCUACGAUGCCCCUGCCCAAACCACUCCACCCCCAGCCGACGAAUACUCUCAACCAAGAACCCCAGUUGGAGGAGGUAAGCCUAGACAUAGAAACAACAACAAUAUUAUAUUAAUAGCAUCUUAUUAAGAUUUAUAUUCUGAUGGCUGAAAACCCGUUUAAAGCCAAACCAGCAUUCCAAGAAACAUGACCAUGUAAUAGUUUUGACGCCAUUGUAUUUCAGCCAAAACAAUCCAAUUCCCCUUGAAGAGCUGCUACUUGAAUGACGAUGGAUUCAUGUGCUGUAACAAGGAAUUGGAAACCUUGAUGUCCGACACUUACGACCAGCUCUCCAAGUCCAGAAACGGAAAGUGGAAGAAGUGUAACAUCCACCAGGUCACCGUAGCCGUCCAAAGAGCUGCCGAACAACGAUUUGACGUCCAGUUCGAAGCCGUCACCGGAGCCGGUGACUUUGCCUCAAAGAACAACUUCUCUGGAGACUUGGUGUGCAAGAUCAAGAGGGACUCCUCGUAAGUUACCUUUUGUUUAAUACAUCUUACUACACAAAACGAACACUUCUUGAACCAAAAAUAAAAUUAUUAUAGUUACAGCGUCUUACAAAACAUUUCUUUUAGGUACAUCCUCGCCUAUGCCACUCCAAACUUCUAA